UAUCGCGAUAUAUAUAGACCGACUCUCUCUGUUUCUUUCUCUCUCUACUCUCGCUCUAGACUGGGGUGUGGCUGUUGUGGACAGGUACGACUUGGAAGAUCCUGAAUCGUUCUUGUGAGAAUUCUCUCUCCGAUUCGACAAUUGCCGAUUCGUUUCUGAACUGGUUUUGUGACCAAGAUCAAAGGUGGGUGGUGGGCUCAGGAGAAGGUGCAGACAAUAGACAGAUAUGGCUAAUAAUGCGGCAGCUUGUGUUGAGAGGGCAACAAGUGACAUGCUAAUUGGUCCAGAUUGGGCUAUAAACAUUGAACUAUGUGAUAUAAUAAACAUGGAUCCUGGUCAAGCAAAGGAUGCAUUGAAGCUACUCAAGAAGCGUCUAGGGAGCAAAAGUCCUAAAAUACAGCUGCUUGCUCUUUUUGUAUUGGAGACUCUCAGUAAAAACUGUGUGGAGACUAUUUUCCAGCAAAUUGUUGAGCGGGAUAUCUUACAUGAAAUGGUCAAAAUUGUAAAGAAGAAGCCUGAUUUGAAUAUAAGGGAGAAGAUAUUAAUUUUGAUAGAUACAUGGCAAGAAGCAUUGGGGGGACCAAGGGGAAGGUAUCCCCAGUAUUAUGGCGCAUAUAAUGAACUCAAGGCUGCUGGAGUGGAAUUUCCUCCAAAAGAAGAAAACAGUGUACCUUUAUUUACUCCUCCACAGACCCAGCCGAUAAGUCACCCUCCGAUUAGUCACCCUGCUUCAGAAUACCCUCCUCCUUCAGCAUAUGAGGAAGCUGCUGUGCAGGCGUCUCUCCAGUCUGAUGCUUCUGGACUCAGCUUGGAAGAGAUGCAAAAUGCUCAGGGACUAGCAGAUGUGCUAAUGGAGAUGCUUGGUGCCUUGGAUCCUCAUAAUCGUGAGGGACUUAAGGAAGAAGUGAUUGUUGACCUUGUUGACCAGUGCCGUUCAUACCAAAAGCGUGUCAUGAUUCUUGUGAACAAUACUGUAGAUGAAGUGCUUCUAUUGAAGGGGUUGUCAUUGAAUGAUGACUUGCAGCGGGUUCUUAGCCGGCAUGAUGAUAUUGCAAAAGGAACCCCUACUUUGGGAGUAGGAACACCUGAAAAUUCAGUUACAUCUCUUGUGAAUGUGAAUCACGAGGAUGAGGAGUCAGAAGAUGAUUUUGGCCAGCUAGCACACAGGUCAUCAAGGGAUACUUCACUGGGACAGGGACGGAAACCAGCCUAUGCUAAGAACGAACCAGUGCGGGUCAACCCAAUUCUACCUCCUCCACCCUCAUUCAAGAAGCCAACUACAGAUGCUGGGAUGGUUGACUAUCUAAGUGGCGAUACCUAUAAUUCUGAAAGAUCUUCUGGAAGAUCAGGAUCCACACCUUUUGCUGUGAGUCAUUCAAACACAACAAACUCCAUCCCAUCAUCAAGUCCAACACUACGGCCCUCCUCUCCUCCCUCUGAUUUCAUAAACCCCACUGCUCCCUCUGAUUUCAUAAACCCUACAGCAUCAAUGUUUGGGCAGCCCAAAUAUGAUGAUCAACAACCACCAAUGACCAACCCUUCUGCUCCUUGGGAAGUUCAGGCUCCUCCAACCAGCAUUCCACCCCCACCUUCCAAGUAUAACCAGAGACAACAGUUCUUUGAGCAAAAGCAAGUUUUUCCGGGCGGUGCUUCUCAAUCAAGUAGUGGGUCUGGUUCCUCUUACGACAGCUUGGUUGGGCACACCCAGAAUCUCUCUCUUAAUCGAUCAACAACCCCAACCAAGCAAGAGAAACCAGAAGACGCACUCUUCAAAGAUCUGGUUGAUUUUGCAAAAGCCAAGUCUUCUUCGCCUUCCAAACCCAACAAUAGGUCAUUUUGAGUGGAUGUGAAGUUUGGUAUGGAUUAUUUGUGGUGUAAUAGAUUUGAGUAUUGUUUCUAGUUCAUUAGGUUUUGUACCAUAAGACUUUCUUGAAUAAAUAUGAGUGGAAACUUGGGUUAUGACGGUUUGACAAGUCACAUUUUAAAAUUUGGGGACCUUGGGCUUCCCUACCACUAUCGGCUGCUGGUGUAGCUGAGAGGAGAUGAACUGCUUGUUGGAUAUAUACGAGUUUGUGAAUGUAUAAUACUGUUUUCUGGUAUAUAUAACUUGUUUUGAAUGGGUUUCCUCCA